GGAUACUUCAUGUAUAUUAAGAAUGUUUAGCUUGACUGGUACCCUGCAGGAGGUAUUUGGCUGGGAAUUUUUUUUUUUCUUGUCUGGUUCAUAAACCAGAACUACAACGAUAGGGAGGAGGAGGGCAUCCCACAGGACAGGGAAGCUCCAGGGAAGGGCUGAGAAAGACCUCUGAGGAAUUGUACCCAAAUCUCUUUCCCUCUGGAGAUAGGGUUUUCUCAGGGACCCACCGGCCUGCGGUGGGCGGGAUUGGCCAGCGUUAAGCUCGUCUUCAGCUCUUAGGAGCUCCUGCUAAGGAAAACUUUGGAGCAAGUGACAUUUAGAUUUACAUGUAGAUUUUCAGAAGCCUGAUUUUAUUUACAGAAGGAUUAAUUAAACAGCAUGUAAAAUAUUUAUUUGUGGAGAGAGUAUCUCUUGAGAGAACUUUUCAUUAACCUACCAGAUUUAGUCUUUUUGUUCAGUGGAACCCAUCUCAGCCACCUUCGAUCGUUUGGAGAAGGCCACUGGCAUUGAGAGCCAGGGUAGAGGCACAGUCACAAACAGGAGAAAUACCUGUGUGGACAGAAUGUUUUCGGCGGUGCUGGAAAUAAUGGGGGAGGUCCUUGUGAGAGGGAGGCAGAGAAGGGACACACUGGAACGUGUGAUCUCUGACAGGACAGAUGGCACCUGUCACUGGCUGCAUCACAGAUCCUCGGGGUAGUGUAAUAUUAGGAACGUGGCCCGAGGGGGCCUGCUGCUCAGGAGCCUUGUGAGCUCUGUGCUUUGGUGUCCUCAUCUGUAAAAUGAGGGUGUCCGUGCUGUGAGGGUUAGUGACGGUGCAUGUGAGGGGCUGGUACUGUAGCGAACACUACAGUAAGCUAUUGUCUGUUGCCCAGCAGCAGAUUCACAGGAACACAGAAAAGAGCAGUCUGUUGCAGGAGUUUGAAGAUGAUGAGAAGCGGUUUCCUUUAGAUUCUGAGAUUAUUUGUACUUGAAUGUUUAAAGAUGACUUUGGGUCAUGUGAUUAUAUAAUCAAGCUUAAUAUCAAAGUAGUAGACACUUGUCUAGCUAUUUUAGACUUAAGAUAUUUCGGGAAGAAGUGGGCCAGCUUUCUGAGUUUGGAGUUACUGACCAUCUUCAGCUCUGACCCACGUUUACUCUCCAAAGCCUCCUCACGGCUCUCUUGUGGACUCAAGUUGGGUGUUCCCCGCCUUGGGACUGGGCCUGGAGGAUUUUACAGGAUUGCAGGGUGUUCGGCACCCUCCAGCUCUGCUUUUAGAUUGAUCACGUUCUAUUUUCUCAUCCUGUCACUCUCUCAUCUCCCCGCCACGCUACCACCUCUGAGUAGGUACGUUCUAGCCUAGUUCUCUAAAGCCUAGUUCUUCUACCGUUUACUGGUUCACGGAACGCCUGCCGUGUGCUCUUUAAUGACAUGAAGAUUACAGCAAGGGACAAGUCUGCCCUUUAGGAAGUUUACAUUCUAGUGGGGGGAGAGAUGACUAGUACCCAAGUAGCAUAUCUGUGUCUGUUGGGAGAUAAGUGCUGGGGAGGGAGAUCGGGAAAGCCCAGCCUCGGCUGUGGAGUUAGCUGUUCUUAAUAGGAUGGCCAGGGAAGGCCUUACCGGUCAGUUGGCCUUUGCCCAGAGACUGGAAGGAAGUUAAGAGGGGCAAGCCAUGCGUCUACAGGGGAAGCGCAUCGCAGGCAGAGCAAAAUUCCUCUGUAGAAAUGCCUUUGAUGGUCCCCAAAGCAGGAUACCGCAGGACCAGAGCAGAGACUGGCAGGGGAGGAGGUCAGAGAGUUCAUGGGGUGGAGAUAGGGACCCCCCAGAGCAGCUUCACUUGAAUGAGAUGGCGAGUCGAGCCCCCCGUAGGGCUUGGAGAUGCGAACUCCAGCUUAACUUUGAAAAGGAUUGCUGACUUACCUGCUAGCAGCAUUAUUGUCAGCUCUCUGAGCAGGAACUAAGAAGAAGAAACUAGCUUAAUAAGCCAUUGUAAGAAAACUUUGCCCUCACUUACCCUAACCUAGAUGUGUUUCACAACUUUUUUUAAUUAAAAAAAAAAAAAAAGUUUAUUUCUGAGAGAGAGAGAGACAGAACACCAUCAGGGAAGGGGUAGAGAGGGAGACACUGAACCUGAAGCAGCCUCCAGGCUCCCGAGCUGUCAGCACAGAGCCCGACGCGGGGCUCAGACCCACAAAUGACCUGAGCCAGUCGGACGCUUAACUGACUGAGCCACCCAGGUGCCCCUCACAACUUCUUUAAGUAACUGAUUUUAAAGAGUUUUGGAGCUCUUUGACCUUGUUUUACUCAGCUAACCCUGAGAAGUAGACAGGCCCAGGCAAAAGGCAAAAAAAUAAGAAGAUCGUCUCUUGAUUGACUAAGAAGAGUAGUACAUUACAUGCUAAUUACAUCAGCAAAGGUAAUGCAAGCUGUUGACCCAAUCGGAUGACUUUGAGAAGAGUCUAGGUCCUAGCUGAUGAAUUUUUAUUUUCCUCUAUAUUUUGUACUGUCUUCCAAAGUGACUGUUUCAAUUUCCUACUUCACAGUAAUGGCCAGUUAUAACUCUGUGAAUACUAGAUUGGCAAAUAAAAAUCUGUGUGGGUGUUAGAGGUGCUGGAACUUCUUGCAGACCUACAAAAAGAAUCUGGAAGAAAAGUCACUGCUGCUUUGGCUUAUGCUGCCUAGUCCUUUGUCCCUGGGAGUUAAGGACAGAUGGCUGAAAGGAGGAGUGCCUUGCACACAAUUGCUUGUCAAGAAAGAGGUUAAGCCCUAAGUUUGUGAGGAAUGACUGCAGCAAUCAGGGGAUCCAUACACUGAUCAGAGUUGAGUGUCCUGGGGUCACCAGUCAGUAGUUACAGGAAACCUGCAAUAGCAUGCAUUUGGACAUGAGACUGAGUUCUGUUGCUCAAAGUUGGGGAGGGUGGGACAGCCAGUGGAGUGACUGCCUCAUCAUUAUUUGAGACUCAGUUCAGCGAUCAGACAAAUAAUAAUGAAAGCAAAUAAAUGAAAGUGGUUUUUUCCUCACACUCCCCCACUGUAACUGGAAGACUUACUUAAAAAUUGUUUUUUUGUUGUUUUUUUUUUUUUAUUAAUAGUAAUAGCACAGCCCCGUAUUUUAGCCCGAUAGAAUGUUGGGGGCUCAUUUAUUUAAUUGUGAGGUUUUUUUCUGUAUUAAAUUUGUAUUUACCCAGAAUGUUUCUUUUCAUGCUGCCACAGGCUUCUGCCUCACUCCUGAGGCCAUUUCCCCACUUAUUUGCAUUUUCAGAGAGGGAUAGGAUAAGAAAUCAAAGGAGAUGAGAUUCAGCCCAGUCCCCUUCAUCUGGGCGUCUGAAUGAUUGUAUCCCCUCCAUCAUCUAGACUUGAUUUUCUUUGUACGGAGGAGAUACGUGUCUGAUAUUUUCCUGUCUCCUCUUCCAUUUCCAGGAGGGCUGUUGGCCUGCUGCCGUGCUGCUGAACAGUAUGCAGUCCUUCCGGGAGCAAAGCAGUUACCACGGAGACCAACAGAGCUACCCGCAGGAGGUACACGGCUCAUCCCGGAUAGAAGAGUUCAGCCCUCGUCAGGCCCAGAUGUUCCAGAAUUUUGGGGGUGCAGGUGGCGGCAGCGGUGGCAGCGGCGGCGGCGGCGGCGGUGGGCGACGAGGAACGGCGGCUGCGGCAGCGAUGGCUAGCGAAACCUCUGGCCACCAGGGCUACCAGGGUUUCAGGAAGGAGGCUGGAGACUUUUACUACAUGGCGGGCAGCAAAGACCCCGUGACGACGGGAACCCCGCAGCCGCCUCAGCGAAGGCCUUCGGGGCCUGUGCAGAGCUACGGACCCCCCCAGGGGAGCAGCUUUGGCAAUCAGUAUGGGAGCGAGGGUCACGUGGGCCAGUUUCAAGCACAGCACUCUGCCCUUGGUGGUGUGUCUCAUUAUCAGCAGGAUUACACGGGGCCCUUCUCUCCAGGGAGCGCUCAGUACCAGCAGCAGGCCUCCAGCCAGCAGCAGCAGCAGCAGCAGCAGCAGCAGCAGGUACAGCAGUUGAGACAACAGCUUUACCAGUCCCAUCAGCCUCUGCCGCAAGCCACUGGCCAGCCAGCGUCUGGUUCGUCCCAUCUGCAGCCGAUGCAGCGGCCCUCAGCUCUGCCGUCCUCUGCCGCCGGGUACCAGCUCCGAGUGGGUCAGUUCGGCCAACACUACCAGUCUUCUGCCGCCUCCUCCUCCUCCUCCUUCCCUUCGCCACAGCGUUUCAGCCAGUCCGGACAGAGCUACGACGGCGGUUACAGCGUGAACGCUGGAUCCCAGUAUGAAGGACACGGCGUGGGUUCUAAUGCACAGGCCUAUGGGACACAAUCAAAUUACAGCUAUCAGCCUCAAUCUAUGAAGAAUUUUGAACAGGCAAAGAUUCCACCAGGGACGCAGCAGCCGCAGCAGCAGCCGCAGCAGCAGGCGCAGCAGGCGCAGCAGCACCCCCCUCAGCAUGUGAUGCAGUACACCAACGCUGCCACCAAGCUGCCCCUGCAGGGCCAGGUGGGCCAGUACAGCCAGCCCGAGGUUCCUGUGAGGUCCCCCAUGCAGUUCCACCAGAACUUCAGCCCCAUCUCGAACCCCUCCCCCGCGGCCUCGGUGGUUCAGUCUCCGAGCUGUAGCUCCACCCCGUCUCCUCUGAUGCAGAGUGGGGAGAGCCUCCAGUGCGGGCAAGGCAGUGUGCCCAUGGGUUCCAGAAACAGAAUUUUACAGUUAAUGCCCCAGCUCAGCCCGACCCCCUCAAUGAUGCCCAGCCCUAAUUCUCAUGCUGCGGGCUUCAAAGGGUUUGGACUAGAAGGAGUGCCAGAAAAGCGACUGACAGAUCCUGGGCUGAGUAGUUUGAGCGCCCUGAGUACUCAAGUGGCCAAUCUUCCUAAUACCGUUCAGCACAUGCUACUUUCUGAUGCCCUGACGCCUCAGAAGAAGACCUCCAAGAGGCCCUCCUCGUCUUCUAAGAAAGCAGACAGCUGCACAAACUCCGAAGGCUCCUCACAGCCUGAAGAACAACUGAAGUCCCCCAUGGCAGAGUCGCUGGACGGAGGCUGCUCCAGCAGCUCUGAGGAUCAAGGCGAGCGUGUGAGGCAGCUAAGUGGCCAGAGCACCAGCUCCGACACCACCUACAAGGGCGGAGCCUCCGAGAAAGCUGGCUCCUCACCAGCGCAAGGCACUCAGAACGAAGCCCCCAGACUCAAUGCCAGUCCUGCAGCCGGCGAAGAGGCUGCCUCGCCAGGCGCUAAGGACACACCGUUGUCAUCCGAGGGCAACCCAAAAGUCAAUGAGAAGACGGUUGGGGUGAUUGUCUCCCGGGAAGCUAUGACAAGUCGGGUAGAAAAGCCUGGUGGGCAAGAUAAAAGCUCCCAAGAGGAUGAUCCUGCAGUCACUCAAAGGCCACCCAGCACUGGUGGGGCAAAGGAGACCAGUCACCCAUCAGUUCCGCAGCCAGAGCCCCCGGGGGUCGGGAGCAAAGGAAACAAGAAUGGAGAUAAUAACUCGAACCACAAUGGAGAGGGAAAUGGCCAGAGCGGGCACUCCGCGGUGGGCCCUGGUUUUAUAGGCAGAAGUGAGCCCAGCAAAUCUCCUGGAAGCCUGCGCUACAGUUACAAAGAUAGUUUCGGGUCGGCCGUGCCAAGAAACGUCAGUAGCUUUCCUCAGUAUCCUACGGGACAAGAUAAGGGUGAUUUCACUGGCCACGGGGAGCGAAAGGGUAGAAAUGAGAAGUUCCCUAGCCUCCUGCAGGAAGUGCUUCAGGGCUACCACCACCACCCUGACAGGAGAUAUUCUAGGAGCACUCAGGAGCAUCAGGGCAUGGCUGGUGGCCUGGAAGGAGCCACGAGGCCUAACGUCUUGGUCAGUCAAACCAAUGAAUUGGCUAGCAGGGGCCUUUUGAACAAAAGCAUUGGGUCCCUACUAGAAAACCCGCACUGGGGCCCCUGGGAGAGGAAGUCAAGCGGCACGGCUCCUGAGAUGAAACAGAUCAAUUUGGCUGACUAUCCGAUUCCCAGAAAGUUUGAAAUAGAGCCCCAGUCAUCGGCUCAUGAGCCCGGGGGUUCCCUCUCUGAAAGAAGAUCAGUGAUCUGUGAUAUUUCUCCACUAAGACAGAUUGUCAGGGACCCGGGGGCUCACUCACUGGGACACAUGGGUGCUGACGCCAGACUUGCAAGGAGUGAACGGCUCAAUCCAAGUUUAAGUCAGUCGGUCAUUCUUCCGGGUGGGUUGGUAUCCAUGGAAACAAAGCUGAAAUCCCAGAGCGGGCAGAUAAAAGAAGAAGACUUUGAACCACCCAAAUCUCAAGCUAGUUUCAACAACAAGAAAUCCGGAGACCACUGCCAUCCUGCUAGCAUCAAGCACGAGUCUUACCGCGGCAAUGCCAGCCCUGGAGCAGCCCACGAUUCCAUCUCAGACUACGGCCCACAGGACAGCAGACCCGCGCCAAUGCGGCGGGUCCCUGGCAGAGUCAGUGGUCGGGAGGGCAUGAGGGGUCGGUCCCCUUCGCAAUAUCAUGACUUCUCAGAAAAACUGAAGAUGUCUCCUGGGAGGAGCAGAGGCCCAGGGGGAGACCCUCAUCACAUGAACCCACACAUGACCUUCUCGGAGAGGGCCAACCGGACUUCUUUACACGCUCCCUUCUCUCCCAACUCAGAAAGCCUGGCCUCCGCUUACCACACAAAUACGCGGGCUCAUGCUUAUGGGGACCCCAACGCAGGCUUGAAUUCUCAGCUCCAUUAUAAGAGACAGAUGUACCAACAGCAACAAGAGGAAUACAAAGACUGGAGCAGCAGCUCUGCUCAGGGAGUAAUCUCUGCGGCACAGCACAGGCAGGAGGGACCACGGAAGAGCCCGAGGCAGCAGCAGUUUCUCGACAGGGUGCGGAGCCCCCUGAAAAACGACAAAGACGGUAUGAUGUAUGGCCCACCAAUGGGGACUUACCACGACCCCAGCGCUCAGGAAGGCGGGCGCUGCCUCAUGUCUAGUGACGGUCUGUCUAACAAAGGCAUUGAAUUGAAGCAUGGCUCCCAGAAGCUACAACAAGAAUCUUGUUGGGAUCUUUCCCGACAGACUUCUCCAGCCAAAAGCAGCGGCCCUCCGGGGAUGUCCAAUCAGAAAAGGUACGGACCCCCCCAUGAGGCCGACGGGCACGGGCUCGCCGAGACCGCACAGUCAUCCAAACCCGGCAAUGUUAUGCUCAGGCUUCCAGGCCAAGAGGAUCAUUCUUCUCAAAACCCCUUAAUCAUGCGGAGGCGGGUGCGUUCCUUUAUCUCUCCCAUCCCCAGCAAGAGGCAGUCACAAGAUGUGAAAAACAGUAACACCGAAGAUAAAGGGCGCCUCCUUCACCCACCAAAAGAAGGCGCCGAUCGAGCAUUCAAUUCCUAUGCGCAUCUUUCUCACAGUCAGGAUGUCAAGUCUGUCCCUAAGAGAGAAUCCUCCAAGGACCUUCCGAGUCCAGAUAGUAGGAACUGCCCUGCCGUCACCCUCACGAGCCCUGCUAAGACCAAAAUACUGCCCCCUCGGAAAGGACGGGGGUUGAAACUGGAGGCUAUAGUUCAGAAGAUCACGUCCCCGAAUAUUAGGAGGAGUGCAUCCUCGAACAGCGCGGAGGCUGGGGGAGACACGGUUACUCUCGAUGACAUACUGUCUUUGAAGAGUGGCCCUCCCGAAGGUGGGAGUGUGGCUGUUCCGGACGCCGAGAUGGAGAAGAGAAAAGGUGAGCUGGUAUCUGACCUAGUCUGUCCCACAAGCCAGGACCUGAACGUAGAAAAGCCCCUGGCGAGGUCUUCCGAGGAGUGGCGUGGCAGUGGGGACGACAAAGUGAAGACCGAAACACACCCAGACACGGUCACCGCUGGAAAGGAACCCCCUGGCACCAUGACGUCCACCACCUCACAGAAGCCUGGGAGUAACCAGGGGAGACCAGACGGUUCCCUUGGUGGGACUGCGCCUUUAAUCUUUUCUGACGCAAAGAAUGUACCUCCAGCGGGCGUGUCGGCCCCUGAGGCAAACCCCAAGGCUGAAGACAAGGAGAGUGAUACAGUGACGAUUUCCCCCAAACAAGAGGGUUUCCCCCCGAAGGGGUACUUCCCGUCAGGAAAGAAGAAGGGGAGACCCAUCGGUAGUGUGAACAAGCAGAAGAAACAGCAGCCACCACCUCCACCCCCUCAGCCCCCUCAGAUACCAGAAACCUCUGCAGAUGGAGAGCCAAAGCCCAAAAAGCAGAGGCAAAGGCGGGAGAGAAGGAAGCCUGGGGCCCAGCCAAGGAAGCGGAAAACCAAACAGGCGGUUCCCAUCGUGGAACCCCAAGAACCUGAGAUCAAACUAAAGUAUGCCACCCAGCCACUGGAUAAAACCGACGCCAAGAACAAGUCUUUUUUCCCUUAUAUCCAUGUAGUAAAUAAGUGUGAACUUGGAGCUGUGUGUACAAUCAUCAAUGCUGAAGAAGAAGAACAGACCAAAUUGGUGAGGGGUCGGAAGGGUCAGAGGUCUCUGACCCCGCCGCCCAGCAGCACUGAAAGCAAGGUGCUCCCGGCUUCGUCCUUCAUGCUGCAGGGCCCCGUCGUGACAGAGUCUUCUGUUAUGGGGCACCUGGUUUGCUGUCUGUGUGGCAAGUGGGCCAGUUACCGGAACAUGGGCGACCUCUUUGGACCCUUUUAUCCCCAAGAUUAUGCAGCCACUCUCCCGAAGAAUCCGCCGCCCAAGAGGGCCACGGAGAUGCAGAGCAAGGUUAAGGUACGGCACAAAAGCGCGUCCAACGGCUCCAAGACGGACACUGAGGAGGAGGAAGAGCAGCAGCAGAAGGAGCAGAGGAGCCUGGCCGCCCACCCCAGGUUUAAGCGGCGACACCGCUCGGAAGACUGUGGCGGGGGCCCUCGGUCCCUGUCCAGGGGGCUCCCUUGUAAGAAAGCAACCACCGAGGGCGGCGGCGAAAAGACCGUUUUGGACUCAAAGCCCUCCGUGCCCACCACUUCCGAAGGUGGCCCCGAGCUGGAGUUACAAAUCCCUGAACUACCUCUUGACAGCAAUGAAUUUUGGGUCCAUGAGGGUUGUAUUCUCUGGGCCAACGGAAUCUACCUGGUGUGCGGCAGGCUCUAUGGCCUGCAGGAGGCGCUGGAAAUAGCCAGAGAGAUGAAAUGUUCCCACUGCCAGGAGGCAGGUGCCACCUUGGGCUGCUACAACAAAGGCUGCUCCUUCCGAUACCAUUACCCGUGUGCCAUUGACGCAGAUUGUUUGCUACAUGAGGAGAACUUCUCGGUGAGGUGCCCCAAGCACAAGCCUCCCCUCCCAUUCCCCCUCCCCCCCUUGCAGAACAAGACAGCGAAAGGCAGCCUCAGCACAGAGCAGUCGGAGCGGGGGUGAGGGGGGCAGAGUGCUCGUGGGAAUGGAAAGUACAGCAAGCACAGGUGAGACUGUGGAGAUGAGAAGGUGGUGGACACUCUCGAUGGAACCAGGACCGUCCUGCUGUGCGGCCCCGCCCCGCCUGCCCUGCCCCGCCAGCACCUCCUCCCUAAGUCCUUACAUCACACCCGAACCGUGACACCACAGGAAAGAAAGACCCAAGAAGUUGGAAUGGCUGUUUCCAUGGACACGAUCUCCAUAGUGACAAUGUGGGGGGAGGGGGGUGGGGUGGGAUGAUGGGAAAGGGGGGGUUAAAAGGGUGGGAUAAAAAUAUAUAUAUAUAAAUCUAUUUUUAGUCUGGAAAGACUUUGUUUAAAUGAAAGGUGCGCUAUCCCUUUUGAUUCUAUUUUAAAAUUCUCUAGUUAAAGAACUCCAAAUUUGUUCCGAUAACAGUGAAAUUUAAGUGUGAAAUUGAACAAGCUGGUCUCAUAAAGGACGGGGUGUGGCUUUGAUCUUUAGCCUGCCUCACGCCGGUUCAGAGAGCUGCAGACCCAGGGUUGAAAGAGCAGACAGACCACACCGGAACCAUCCUUUGUCUUUAAUUUGUCUCAAAGGGGGAAGGUUUGGGGGUUGGGGGGGUGGGGGAUGUGGGGACGGUCCGUGUUUUCAAGAGUGGGGGAAUGAUGUUUAAACACAAAUAAAUUUUUUCAUUUCCAGAAACACUAUUUAUUUAUUAUUUUUAAAAUUUUUAUCUUUUUGGGGGGUGAGAUGGGCAGAUGUCCCAAGGUCACAGCUAUGUCCUGGGUCACUGUGGCCAGUGAGAACCAUGAGCGCCCCACUAAGUGCGCCCGGCAGGCAGGGUCAGGGGGUGGCCUGCCUCUGGACGCAUUCCUGGCAGCUGUACCCUGUCCCCCCCCCCCCCACUCCCCAGGCCGAAGGACGGGACAGGAAAUCUAAGUUGUAGGACUCGGCACACGGGGGAGGGGCUGUUGAGUGCCAUCAGUGUGGUUAGGCUGACCAGGAACACCCAGUUAGCCCUUUUUUCUUUUGCUUUCAUUUUUAUAAAGGAAAAGGGGGCCUGUCAGGUGAGCAGCUCCACGCUACAUGAUUCUUUAUGUUGUAUUGUUUUGUUUUGUAAAUUGUAUAAUUUUUAAAUAUCUGAGUUUUAAAAAAAGAAGAAAAAAGUACAAAAAAAAUCUUGUUAAGGCCUUAAGAAGGGGUUAGUGCAUCUUUCAGGGGUCACUCUGCCGUGGGGAUAAAAUGGCUGUUUCACAAACAGUUUUAUUUAAAAAACAAAAAAAAAAAUCAAAAAAUAAUAAACUUCAUUUUAACCUUG